AGUGAGCACCACACCACCCGCCUCCUCUUCUUCUUCCUACCCAUCUCCAUCAAAUCUGCAAAUCAAUCAAGAACUAGUAAUAGUCUCAAGAACAACAAGAAGCGCGAGAUUUUGGUGCUAGUCCGGAGCAUUGCAUUGCACUGCACUGCUCAAAGGGUGGUGAGUGAGAUGCCGUCGCCGUCGCCGCCGCCGCUUCUCCCCUUCCUCCUCUUCCUCCUCCUGGUAGCACCAGCUCCAGCUCCCGCCGCCGCCUCUUCUUCCUUCUCCCUCGACUUCUUCCGCGCCGCCGCCGCCGGCCAGCUCGCUCUCUCCGGCGGCGCCAAUGCCACCGCCGCACAAGUCUCCAUGCCCUCCCCGGGCGCACGCGUCCAGUACAGGGCCCCCAUCGUCUUCUCCUCCGCCGCCGGAGGCCUCGCCUUCUCCACCUACUUCGCCUUCGCCCUCCCGCCCUCUGCCGCUUCGUCCCUCGCCUUCUUCCUCACGCCCUCCGCGGCCUCCCGCUCGCCCCCCGCCCUCGCCGUCGUCUUCUCCGCGCGCCACGUCCGCGUCGACCUCGCCGGCCGCGCCGCCAUACAGCGCCAGGCCCACUAUUUCCCUGCCCGGGACCGGAACCGGACUCGGAGCCUCCACGCCUGGAUAGACUACAACGCCACCUCCGCCAUGCUCCACGUCCGCCUCUCGGCCACGCGCAUCCGCACCCACAACCACCCGACCCCGCCGCUGCUCUCCUGCCCACUCGAUCUGUCCCCCGUCCUCCGGAGGGCCCCCGUCCUCGCCGGCUUCCGGACGCCCUCCGGCAACUGCACCUUAUUCAGCUGGGCCUUCCACGCCGCUCCCUAUCGGUUGCACUCCCAGCCGCUCAACCCCACCGACCUGCUCACCACGCCGCCGCCGCCACCAGAGCGCCGCUACAGCGCCGCCGUGUUCCUGCUGUUCGCGGCCGCGUGCGGCGCCAUGGUCACAUUCUUCGUGCUCUUCCUCUGGUACUCCGUGGCGGCGCGCCGACCCGUCGCGCCGGUGGAGUAUCCCAUGCACACCUCCGACGUCGUCUACCAGAAGAUUGUGCUCGUCGGAGUCAAGGACGACGCUGCCACCGCCGCCGACGAUGGCCAUCCGCCGUCCGGCGCGGCUGACAAGUAGAUGAUGCUCCUUCUCGUCCUCGUCCCCAAGUCCCCUUCAAGUUGCCAACAUAGUGGAGCAAAAAUCAACUUGGAGCAAGUGACCUGCAUUCCAUAUUUCUGGAUAGAGGCCAAAAAUAAGGGCUGCUUUCGACAUUGACUUUGCAUUGGGAGUAUCAUAUAAUUUGCUCUUUAUGGGAGCUACUAUAUAUGAGUCUAUGACUAUUAGGUAUACUAUAUCAUACUAGUGCUGCUUUCAGUUAGGAACUACAAACUAGAAUAUGGAAUCCACGGUUGCCUUUUGCCUUUCCUUUUCCUUUCUGGGAAAAUUUCUCCGUCAUCUCCGCAUCUGAAUUUCAGGUUGAUUGUGAAGGGCAUUUUCGCAUCCACUAGAGAGUAGGUGAGUUACCGGAUUGCCUUUAGUUAGGAAUUAUGAUAAUCAUGGUUUGGAAUCAGAUGCUGCGAGCUAGCUAUUAGUGGACCAGAGAUAUAUGUAUAAUGCUGUAUAUUGUAAUGUCAGCUGAGUGUGGCCAUCAUUAAUUAUUGGUGCUUUGACAAGUGUUAGCCAUGAUAUUGUACAAGGCAAGAGUGCCUCUGUUGGGGAAAAAAAUAAAAAUG